ACCUUAGUAAAUUUGUUAUCCGCCAGAGACAGCAAUGUGCUUUUGGGUGCCCUCCUUGCUCUGACUAGCCUAGCAGAAAGUCCAGAAUGUAGGGAGAAGAUAAGUGAGCUCACCAUUGUUGAGAACUUGCUGGUGAUAUUACAUGAAUACGAUUUGCUUUCUAAAAGGCUCACAGCAGAGUUGCUACGUCUCCUCUGUGCAGAGUCACAAGUCAAAGAACAAGUAAAAAUGUAUGAAGGAGUUCCAGUCUUGCUCAGUUUACUCCAUUCUGAUCAUAUUAAACUUCUAUGGAGUAUAGUUUGGAUUCUGGUGCAGGUUUGUGAAGACCCUGAGACUAGUGUGGAAAUCCGAAUUUGGGGUGGAAUCAAGCAGCUCCUUCAUAUAUUACAGGGGGGAAGAAAUCUUGUUUCUGAUCGCUCUUCAGUUGGAAGUUUAUCUAGUGCGAAUGCAGCAGGGAGAAUCCAACAUCUUCAUUUGUCAGAUGAUUUGAGUCCUGAUGAGAUGCAAGAAAAUAUUUUCUCACUUCAAGCAGCUUGUUGUGCUGCCAUUACUGAAUUGAUGCUCAAUGAGACUAACGCUUACCAGGUAGUACAGGCAAAUGGAAUAUAUACAAUAGCAAAGCUGAUUUUACCAAACAAAGGAAGGAAUGAUGAAAAAGCUAAUUUAUUACAGUGUUACGCUUUCAGAGCCCUGAGAUUUCUCUACAGUAUGGAAAGAAAUCGACAUAUCUUUAAAAGGCUUUUCCCUACUGACUUGUUUGAAAUCUUCAUUGAUAUUGGACAUUAUGUGCGUGAUAUCAGUGCUUAUGAAGAGUUGGUAUCAAAGCUAAAUUUAUUAAAGGAGGAUGAAUUGAAGCAAAUUGCUGAAAGUAUUGAGAGUAUGAAUCAGAAUAAGGCACCUACAAAACAUAUAGGCAAUUACGCAAUUUUAGAGCACCUUGGCAGUGGAGCUUUUGGAAGUGUAUAUAAGGUUAGAAAACAUAAUGGACAAAAUCUCCUGGCAAUGAAAGAAGUCAAUUUACACAAUCCGGCAUUUGGAAAGGACAAAAAAGACAGAGACAGCAGUGUAAAGAACAUUGUCUCUGAAUUAACCAUCAUCAAAGAGCAGCUUUAUCAUCCAAAUGUUGUACGGUAUUAUAGAACCUUCUUGGAAAAUGACAGAUUGUACAUAGUCAUGGAGCUCAUAGAGGGAGUGCCACUGGGAGAACACUUUCACUCUUUGAAGCAAAAGCAACAGCAGUUUACAGAAGAAAGAAUAUGGCAUAUAUUUAUCCAACUUUGCCUCGCUCUUCGUUAUUUGCAUAAAGAGAAAAGGAUCGUUCAUCGAGAUCUCACUCCGAACAAUGUCAUGCUGGGGGAUAAAGACAAAGUUACAAUUACUGACUUUGGGCUUGCAAAGCAAAAGCAAGAAAACAGCAAACUUGCAUCAGUAGUGGGAACCAUUCUAUACUCGUGCCCUGAAGUUGUAAAGAGUGAGCCAUAUGGAGAGAAGGCUGAUGUCUGGGCUGCAGGAUGCAUCCUUUAUCAGAUGGCAACUCUGAACCCACCGUUUUACAGCACCAAUAUGCUCUCCUUGGCAACUAAGAUAGUAGGGGCUGUGUACGAACCCGUGCCAGAAGGACUGUACUCUGAAAAAGUGUCAUUUGCCAUUAAGAGAUGCUUGACUCCUGAUGCAGAGGCACGUCCAGAUAUAGUGGAGGUCAGCUCGCUGCUGUCUGAUGUGAUGAUGAAAUACCUGGAUGUUCUAUCUACCUCUCAUCUCAUGUUGGAGAAGAAACUGGAUCGGGAGAGGAGACGAACCCAAAAAUACUUCAUGGAGGCUAAUCGAAAUGCAGUAACCUAUAACCAUCAGCUUUCCAUUGUAUCACAAAAAGAUAAUGAGAAGUUGAGUCUUCAUAGCAGCAGCGGUGGAACAGCCAGUUGCAAAAGUGAAUUUUCAGAAAAUACUGACCUCCCAGCUGAAAGCUGUCAAUCUGCAUGUGGAAAAGAUGAGGAAAGAACAUACGAAGAAAUCCUGGUAGAGGAUCACAGCACUUUAGAGAACUCUGGGAAAGAUAUGUUCUCUGAAUUAGAUGAUGAGCUGGACAUACUGGAUAACUCGAGCAGCUCCAGUUCAAGUAAUUUGAAAGAGUCUGCUUUUG